UGAUUUGUUUUUCUUUGUUCGCAGUGCCAGUGGCUCCUGUUUUUUUGGAUUGGAGCUAGCUGCGUCGUUUGUUUUUUAUUGGCAUUGGUUUGGAAUCUCUCUCUCCCUAGCAUUUGCUAUGAAGAUAGACGUGCAUUGCCACAUUCUGCCUGAAAGAUGGCCAGACCUGAAGGAACGCUAUGGCUACGGUGGAUGGAUUCAGCUGCAGCACCACUGCCAGGGUCAGGCCAAGAUGAUGCGCGACGGCAAGCUGUUUCGCGUGAUCGACGCCAACUGCUGGGACGCCGAGACGCGCCUUGCCGAGAUGGACGCCACUGGCGUGGACGUUCAGGUCCUAUCCACCGUUCCAGUGAUGUUCAGCUACUGGGCGAAGCCUGAGGAUACGCUGGAUUUGUGCAGAAUUGUCAACGACGAUUUGGCGAGUACGGUGAAAAAGCACCCGUCGCGAUUCGCCGCUCUGGGCACGCUGCCCAUGCAGGCACCGGAGCUGGCCGUGCAGGAGCUGAGACGCUGCGUGACCGAGCUGGGAUUCCCGGGCGUGCAGAUCGGCUCGCACAUCGGCGACUGGAACUUGGACGCGCCGGAGCUGCGGCCGUUCUUCGCGGCCGCAGAGGAGCUCGGCGCGGCGCUGUUCGUGCACCCGUGGGACAUGCAGCUGGACGGGCGCAUGUCCAAGUACUGGUUGCCAUGGCUGGUCGGCAUGCCGGCCGAGACGGCCACGGCCAUGUGCAGCAUGAUGUUUGGCGGCGUGCUGGAGCAGUUCCCCAAGCUGCGGGUCUGCUUUGCGCACGGCGGCGGCUCGUUUCCGUUCACCAUCGGGCGCAUCGAGCACGGCUUCAACGUGCGGCCGGACCUGUGCGCCACGAACAACCCGCACACGCCGCGCAAGUACCUCGGCCAGGUCUACACCGACUCGCUGGUGCACGACCCCAGCGCGCUCGCCUUCCUCGUGCAGACGAUGGGCGAGAGUCGCGUGUGCCUCGGCACCGACUACCCGUUCCCGCUGGGCGAACACCACCCAGGCAAGCUGAUCGAGUCAAUGUCGGACAUGAGCGGCGAGCUCAAAGACAAGCUGCUCUCCGGCAACGCUGUGGAGUUUCUCAACCUCGACCCCAGCAAGUACCAACGACACGAAGCGUCUAAAGAACCCGCAGCAGCGGCAGAAGCAACAGUGGCCGCCACAUCAGCAGCAGUGGAACCGCAAGCCAAAGUUGCGCGUGCCAGCUAAUUGGGCCACGCUCGCUGCACCAAUACCAGUUCUUGCGGCAUGCAUGUCCCAAAUAGGUCAUGCUUCCAUGUGUCCUAACAGUAAUAGAGCCCGCCGUUGUCAUCGGCCAUUUGAAUAGUCACCGAGAUGCCAAUGGCGUGGUCACCACGGUUACUGAGCUGCAUGUACCAACAGCCUAGUAACCAUAGUUGCUGAGUUUGUUAGAUCGCCUAACCUUUGUAGUCUGUAGAAAUCUCCAACCUUGAGCUCUUCAGCUUGCUCAUAUUUUCGUCAAAGCUUUUUUUUUUUUUUUUUCAAAGGAUCCCGUCCUGUUCCAACCUUGGCUCUGUGUCUAGAUUGUUCCGUGUGUGCUUGUCACGGCGGUGGAGUCGCGAUCUGUGCCGUGUGCUGAAGUCAGCGGCCUUCCCGCACGCAACCGCCACCAGCAUUUGUCUGCCGUUUGAUAUGUUCAGUGCCUCGUCCGCCUUCUGUGAUUCACUAUCAGCCUCUUGAAGACAUUCACUGUUGUGUAUGCUCAGACCUUGAAGUCAGUCGUUUUCGGUUCUGCUUGUGGCACUCUUCAUUUUGCUAUCAAUCCUGUUUUUUUCUUUCUUUUCAGUUUUAGUACCAGGUGUAAUUAUUUUAAUUUACUGUGAUUACACACAUUACCUAACCCUCGAGUUCUGCUCCAUGACAUCCAGUUAUAUUCGGAAUUUUUUAAUAUAAUAUUGCUUCAUGAAACACAUGCGCUCUUCUAUUCUUCAUCAACAGUAGCUCAUUUUUGUCGUUUUAUCGCUGUCUGCUCUUUCUAUUGAAGUGUGUGCGUGCGUACGUGUGUGCGUGUGCUUCUGUUGGCUUCCUUCGCGCGCAGUUUUGUUUGAAAUUGUGAGUGCCGAUCGUUAGGGUGCACUAUCCUA